AUGAAGGUCGCCAUUACGGGUGCUAGUGGAAAGGUUGGCCAAGGUGUCAUCCAAGAGGCACUUGAACAUACCAACCACGAGCUCAGACUGAUCGAUGUCCGAGAGCCUGAUGAGCGGAUUCAAAACCCUCGGGUCGAAUACGUGGCAGCCGACUUGCGCGACUACCACGAGUUUGAAAGCGCACUUGCCGGAACGGAUGCGUUGGUCCAUCUUGCCGUUGGUGGCUUCAAGGGGCCUCCCCCAUUCGAGUCGCAAGACGUACACAACUCUAUGGUCGUAUUGUCCUUCAAUGCCCUCCAAGCUGCUGCCAACCUUGGUAUGAGAUUUGUUGUGCUAGUUAGUAGCAUCAACGCUAUCGGAGCGUUAUUCUCUGCCGAUCCGAAAUACGAUUAUUUCCCGCUGAUGAGGGGCACCCUUACAGACCGGAAGACGGGUACUCGCGUCUCAUCCCGUAGCAAGCAAAUAUUAGAGAUCCAAGCCGCUGCUUUCGCUCGGAGGUAUCCCCAUAUGUCCAUCAGUUGCCUCCGGCUACACUUUGUCACACCCACCCGACCCGAUUAUAGCGACCAGAUUGAUGCCGAAAUUCGCAAAGAUAUGUGGGGGUGGACCAACCUUCGUGCUGCAGGUCGAGCAUGUAUACUUGGUCUCGAGGUUGAAUGGACCGGAGCAGAGGUCUUCUACAUUGUUGGCCCACAGCAUUGCGCUAAUGGACAUAGUGCAUUGGACCUUGCGUCCCAGUUUUACCCAGAUACCAAGGUGGCGAAUUCCAUGCGCUCAGACAGCGGUUUCUAUGAUUGCUCCAAGGCGGAGAGGCUGUUGGCUGUGCUUUCAUCAACACCACAUACGCUCACCCUGGUCGACCAUAAACCACCACCGGAAGAUAAGACGAUAUCUGAUCCUCGAGUCAAAUAUGAGACACGAGAUCUUCGAGAAUACAAGGAAUAUGCAGAAGUUGUCAAGGGGGCAGAUGCACUUAUUCACCUAGCGGCUUUCGCUCAACCAUACUUGGCUUCUCCAGAUGUAGUGCAUAAUAGCAACGUAACUUUGUCAUUCAAUGCACUUCAAGCGGCAUCCGAGGCGGGCAUUAGAUGGGUUGUUUUGGCAAGCAGCGUAAAUGCGAUAGGGGGAUGCUAUUCCCAGGAAAGAAACUUGAAGUACCAAUACUUCCCGGUAGAUGAGAAUCACCCCUCCUUCGCUGACGAACCAUACUCCAUUUCGAAGUCAAUUGCUGAACUUCAGGCGCAGGCUUUCGCCGGGCAUACCCUAAUAUGUCUAUCUCGGCAUUACGAUUCCACCACGUCGUCCCAGAAAAGAAGCGGAGAGGAGCAGUGUGUUCUACCCGACGAAGCCACCACCGAGGAGUUAGCAAAGCGAUAUUUUCCUGACGCAGUUUUGAGGAAGAAAUUCGGACCUCAGGAUGGGUUAUUCGAUUGCUCUAAGGCGGAGAGAUUACUAGGUUGGAAACAUGUUGGAGGAAAGCAGCCAAAAUCGGCAAAUCUUGGCUCGUCAUGA